AUGCAUGCAGUGUUCGUGAACGGAAAGUUCUGCAAGGACCCGGAGCAAGUUACUGCAAAGGAUUUCUUCUUUCCUGGACUCAACGUUCCUCGGGACACUUCCAGUGCAGUUGGUUCAAAUGUCACUGCUGUCAAUGUUGCUCAAAUUCCAGGACUCAACACUCUUGGCAUAUCCUUCGCUCGCAUUGAUUUUGCACCACAUGGUGGCCUGAACCCACCCCACACUCACCCUCGUGCCACUGAGAUCCUAGUAGUCGUGGAGGGUACCCUCUAUGUUGGUUUUGUCACAUCUAACUUAGCUAACGGAGAUAAUCGCCUAAUCACCAAGGUCUUAAAUCCCGGAGAUGUUUUUGUGUUCCCAGUCGGACUCAUUCAUUUCCAGCUCAAUGUGGGAAAAACCAAUGCCGUUGCAUUCGCCAGUUUAAGCAGCCAGAACCCUGGUGUGAUUACAAUUGCAAAAGCAGUGUUUGGAGCAGAUCCACCAUUAAUCCUAAUGUUCUAACCAA